AUUGCAACGAUUAGACGUUACGAUGUAAAAAGUGAAGAGUAGUAACAGGUUAUAGCAGAGCUUAACAGAGAUCAGUGUCGGAAUAUCAAAACAUCCAUCCUUUUCUCGUGAUUACCCCAACAUUCUCUUCUUUUUAUUCAUUCCUUUCCACCACACGCGCCAUUUCUCACGCUCCUUCUUUCCUCCUAGGGUUCUUCCAUUUCUCCACAACAUUCAUCAUCAUCAUCCUCACAAUGUCCGCCUCCACCGAUCGUUUCGCUCUUCCAUGUUUUGAGGGUUUUUCUGGUAGUAGUGAUGAGAAAAGAGAAAGAAGAUCUUUGAAAAACAAAGCUAUCAAUGCAUCUUCUAAGAUUAAACAUUCUCUUAAGAAAAAGAGUGGUAGAACAAGAAAGAGUGAUGUCAGAGUUAGUUCUGUUUCAAUUGAAGAUAUUCGUGAUGUUGAAGAGCUUCAAGCUGUUGAUCAGUUUCGUCAAUCGUUAAUCGUCGAUGAAUUGCUUCCUCAAAAGCAUGAUGAUUAUCAUAUCAUGUUAAGAUUUCUUAAAGCAAGAAAGUUUGAUAUUGAAAAAGCAAAGCAUAUGUGGGCUGAUAUGCUACAAUGGAGGAAGGAAUUUGGUGCUGAUACCAUUAUGGAGGAUUUUGAGUUUAAUGAAUUAGAUGAAGUUGUAAAGUAUUAUCCACAAGGUAAUCAUGGUGUUGAUAAGGAGGGGAGGCCUGUUUACAUUGAAAGGCUUGGAAAAGUGGAUACAAACAAACUUAUGCAAGUUACAACUAUGGAUAGAUAUGUGAAGUAUCACGUACGGGAGUUUGAGAAAUUGUUUGCGAUAAAGUUUCCGGCUUGUACAAUUGCUUCCAAGAAGCAUAUAGAUUCUAGCACGGCGAUCUUAGAUGUUCAAGGCGUGGGCCUUAAGAACUUUACAAAAUCUGCCCGUGAACUCAUAUUGCGAUUACAAAAGAUUGACGGUGAAAAUUACCCUGAGACUCUUUGCCAAAUGUUUAUCAUAAAUGCUGGCCCUGGGUUUAGGAUGCUGUGGAACACUAUCAAAUCUUUUCUGGAUCCCAAAACAACUUCAAAGAUUCAUGUUCUUGGAAACAAGUACCAUAGCAAAUUGCUUGAAGUAAUCAAUGCCAGCGAGUUGCCAGAUUUCUUGGGAGGUACCUGCACAUGUUUAGAUCAGGGAGGUUGCCUCAGAUCCGAUAAAGGGCCCUGGAAUAACCCUGAAAUUAUGAAGAUCAUUCUCAGUGGGGAAGCAAGGCGGCCAAGGCAGGUCGUAAAAGUUCUAAACAGUGAAGGAAAGGUUAUUGCAUAUGCCAAGCCACGAUGCCCAAUGGUAAAAGGCAGUGAUACAUCCACAGCUGAAUCAGGGUCUGAAGCUGAAGAUAUAGCUUCUCCAAAAACGGUGAAGAGUUACUCACACCUGAGGUUGACCCCUGUUCGUGAGGAAGCAAAGGUAGUUGGAAAGUCAAGCUAUGCUGUUAGUGGUAACUUAGCUGGGUAUCACGAAUACAUUCCAAUGGUAGACAAAGCUGUUGAUGCUGUCUUGAAGAAACAAGCAUCACUCCAGAGGUCUCCUAGUACAAAAGGAACACCUCCCCUUUUUGAUACUAUAAAAUCACCAGAAGGUAUUCGAGCUCGGAUUUGGGUUGCCCUGACUGUUUUCCUUUUAACCAUGUUUACUCUCCUCCGUUUACUUGCAUAUCGUGUGACCAAGAAACUUCCUGUUGUAUCUUCUAAAAAUUAUCAUAGUACUUUAGAGCUAACUCUUGAUACAACAAACAAGGAAAACUAUUGUUCUUCUUCACCAACUCCAGCAUAUACAGAGACACAAGCCUUUUCAUCCAUCAUGAAAAGGUUAGGUGAACUUGAAGAGAAGGUUAACACACUAAAAUCUAAGCCAUCUGAGUUGCCUAGACAGAAAACAGAAUUACUAAAUGCUGCUGUCUACCGUGUGGAUGCUUUGGAAGCAGAGCUAAUUGCAGCUAAAAAGGCUCUCUAUGAAGCGUUAAUCAGGCAAGAAGAGCUGUUUGCUUACAUCAAUAGUCAAGAGGAAGCUAAGUUACGGAAGAAGUUUUGCUGGUGACUUUUGUUGAUCCUUAUAGAGAGACUCUGGAGGAGGGUGUUUUUCAAUCAUACUGUUUCUGUGGUGUGUUGGCCUUCCCUGUGAUGUAAACUCUGAAAAUUUAUUUUAAAUUUUGAGUUAACUUAAGGAAGAACUGUUUCAAACUUGUGUAUAGUUUGAAUGGUUAAAAACAAACCAUCUGAUGUAUACUUGACUUAAAGACAAGCUUAUGUUAACAGUGCCCUUAGAGCAUUAUUUAAGAAAUCCACAAAAAGAAAUUUUGUUUCGAAAAUACAAGUUAAACACUUGUCAAAGUAACAGACACAUGAAAGUCUACAUAUUUAUAAGGA